GUACCCACAACGGUGUUGACGUCGUGGGCAGCUGGCGAGGUUCUGCGCAACAAACGGCAUCGCAAACGACGUGUCACGGUGCCUGUUCCCCACUGAAGCUGCCGAGACAAGUGGGUGUUGAUGUGCACGACCUGCUCUCUCGUCUAGCCUUCUCUCUCUCUCUUCGUCCACCACAGCCUGUCAAACAGCGGUCGAGCAGCCCCGCAGUGUUCAACCAUGGGCGACUUCAAGCUGUCAGCCACUCUGCGCGGCCACGAAGACAAUGUGCGCAGCGUCGCAUUCCCCGCCCCCGCCACGCUCAUCUCGGGAGCGCGCGACCACACCGUCCGCCUGUGGACGCAGCAGUCGUCGAGCCCGCCCACAUACGACAGCACCAUAAAGACACACGGCCAGGGCUUUGUCAACGCCGUCACGCUCGUGCAGCCCUCGUCGGCAUACCCCGAAGGCCUCAUCGUCUCCAGCGGCCACGACCAGAUCAUCGACGUGCGCCCGCCAAGCAAGAGUCUUGAGGACAACGCCGAGGCACUGCUGGUAGGCCACGGCCACAACGUAUGCACGCUCGAUGUCAGCCAGGACGGAAGGCACAUUGUCAGCGGCAGCUGGGACCGUGAGGCGCGCAUAUGGGAGGUGGGGAAAUGGGGCUCCUCGACUGUCCUCCAGGGCCACGACGCCGCUGUCUGGGCCGUGCUGGCCUACGACAACAACACCAUCAUCACCGGCUGCGCAGACAAGCAGAUUCGCUUCUUCGGGCCGUCGGGCAAGCUGCUGCGGUCUAUACACGCCCCCGACAUCGUGCGCGCACUGUGCCGACUACCCCCGAAUCAUCCCUCCGGCGCCCAGUUCGCGUCUGCAGGCAACGACGCCGUCAUCCGAUUAUGGACCAUCGAUGGUAAGCAGGUCGCCGAGUUGUAUGGCCAUGAGAACUUCAUAUACUCUCUCGCAGUCCUCCCCAAUGGCGGACUAGUGAGCGGCGGCGAGGACCGGACAUUACGCGUAUGGGAGAACAACCAGUGCAUACAAACAAUCACACACCCCGCCCUAUCUGUCUGGACCGUUGCCGUGUGCCCUGAGAAUGGGGACAUCGCAUCAGGGACCAGCGACAACCUCAUCCGCAUCUUCACCCGCGACAAGACUCGCUAUGCUGCUCCCGAAGCAAUCGAGCAGUUCCUCGACGACGUCAAGGGCUCGUCGAUACCGCAGCAGGCAAUGGGAGACAUCAACAAGGAGAAAUUACCCGGGCCCGAUUUUCUGACCCAGCGGUCUGGCACUAAGGAAGGUCAGGUGCAGAUGAUACUGGAGGCCAAUGGCAACGUCUCAGCGUAUACCUGGUCUGGAGCCGCCAACGAAUGGAUCAACGUAGGCACUGUGGUCGACUCGGCAGGGAGUGGCGGCCGGAAGGUCUCGCACAAGGGGAAGGAGUACGACUAUGUCUUCGAUGUCGACAUCGAGGAUGGAAAACCGCCACUCAAGCUGCCAUACAAUCUCAACAACAACCAUUACGAGGCAGCGCGCAAGUUCAUCGAGGACAACGAGUUACCGCUCUCCUACCUGGACCAGGUUGCAAACUUCAUCGUCCAAAACACGCAAGGGGCGACUUUGGGCCAGAGCAGCGCGCCGGGUGCUGAUCCUUGGGGCACAGACUCGCGAUAUCGCCCUGGCGAUGCCAACCAGGUCACAUCACAGCAGCAACCGACCCCUGCACCACCAGCCACACGACUGCUCCCACAGAAAGAUUACCUUCCUAUUGCCACGGGAAACCACAAAGUCAUCUUCAAGAAGCUGCAAGAGUUCAACCAGGCGUUGGUGAAUGAUGGGCAGAAGGGUAUUUCACUGAACCCGUCAGAUCUAGAGCAACUGAGCACAACGGUUACUGCUAUAGAAAAGGGCAAUGGAAAGGACGUCGAUGUGACUGGUGUCGAUCUUCUGGUCAAGGCGGCAACGCAAUGGCCAGCAGACAAACGCUUACCCGCUCUCGACCUCGUCCGGCUCGUCCUUGUCUUCGAAGAACCAGCAGCAUACCUGGUGUCGCCCGAGCAAAACCUGCUUUCUGCCCUUGCGGAAUCCGACGUCUUCGCCAGCUCCUCUCCACCCAACAACACCAUGAUGGCCAUCCGAUGUCUCAGCAACCUGCUUCAAACCGACAAAGGCCGCCUGCUAGCCAGCACAGAGUUUGACCAAAUCCACCCUUUCGUGUCGCCCUUCAUAACGUCUACAAACCGCAACCUGAUCAUCGCCCUCACAACCUUGUACAUCAACUACUCGGUUCUGCUCAUCUCAGAGAGCAAUGCGGAUCGGGCACUGUCACUGUUGGACGAUCUAUCCAGGAUUCUCACUACAGCAACUGACUCGGAGGCUGUGUACCGUGCCCUCGUCGCUACGGGUACAUUGCUGUGUCUAGGCCCGGACUUCUGCGAGGCCGGAAGGGAUAUCUUGCAGCUAGGUGACGCGAUCAACCGUGCGGAAGAAAAGGUCAAGGAACCCCGCGUCACGACGGUGAUUGCAGAGAUUCGGGAGAAGUUGCACGGGUGAAUGGGAGGAGUGUCGGUCUGGCAGUAUGUGAUGUACAUGCCGAGGACACGUUUGUGAAGUCUUACUUUGGCGGCAUAUGGUAUGGUAUGGCAUGGUGUGGUGC